GCCUGCACCAGGACCACCAGGCCCAACACAACCUGAUAUUUGCCCAACGUUCAACUUGAUACUCACCUGACACUCGCCAUGGCCAGCAGGGACCGGGUCAUCAACUUCGGCGCGGGGCCCUCAGCGCUCCCCCAGUCCGUCCUCGAGGAGGCUUCGAAGGGGCUACUCAACUUCAACGGCACCGGCAUCGGCGUCGCCGAGAUCUCGCACCGCUCGAAAGAGUUCGGCGCGUUCCUGAGCGGGCUCGAGUCCUCCAUCCGCGCCCAGCUGGCCGUCCCGCCCACGCACCGCAUCCUCUUCACCCAGGGCGGCGGCACCGGCCAGUUCUCCGCCGUCGUGUACAACCUCCUCGCGCGGCACAGGCUGCUCUACCCCGACCUCGCGGAGCAGGACCGGGCGAUGCACUACAUCCUCACCGGCUCGUGGAGCAAGAAAGCGGCGGAGGAGGCCAGGCGGCUCGGCGGCGGGCGCGUGCACGUCGCCGUCGACGCGCGGCAGCACUCGGCGGACGGGAAAUCGUUCGACAACAUCCCCCCGCACGACGCGUACGACUUCUCGACGACGACGACGACGACGACCGAGCCCGCGUUCAUCUACUACUGCGAGAACGAGACCGUGGACGGCGUCCAGUUCUCCCCCGACGAGAGCUCGCCCGCCUCCCUUCCCUACGGGCGCAUGCCCGGCGCCGCGUCCGGCAAGCUCGUCCCGCUCGUCGGCGACCACUCCUCCUCCUUCAUGUCGCGCCCGAUCCCGCGCCUCGCGGAGCACGCCGUGAUCUACGCCGGCGCGCAGAAGAACCUCGGCCCGGCCGGGCUCACCAUCCUCAUCGUGCGCGAGGACUGCCUCGUCGACGUCGACGCCGCCGCCCGGCUCGGCGCCGCGCCGGUGCCGAUCACGAUGGCCUACAAGACGCUCGCGGACUCGGGCAGCCUGUACAACACCCCGAGCGUGCUCCCGAUCUACAUCGCCGGCCUCGUCCUCGAGCGCAUGCAAAAGCAGGGCGGGAUGGAGGCGUACGCCGCCGCGAACGAGAGGAAGAAGAAGAAGGUGUACGCCGCCGUCGCGGAGGGCGCGGCCCGCGGCGUGUUCCGCGCGAAGGUGAAGGAGGGCUCGGGCAGUUGGAUGAACAUCGUCUUCGACGUCCUGGGCGACGGCGCGGAGAAGCGGUUCCUCGAUGGCGCGGAAGCGCACGGGAUGAAGGCCCUCAAGGGUCAUCGGUCCGUCGGCGGCAUUCGAGUCUCGCUAUACAACGCGAUCACGGAAGAACAGGUCGACCGACUGAUCCAGUACAUGAACGACUUCAUCUCGGAGGAGUCCAGGCAACAAUGAUGGCGACUCAUAGAAAACAUUACUCUGUGAAAGUGAAAGCAGAGCGGUGUAUGACCGUAACGUAGAUUCAUGAAUACAUAAUGGGGUGCCGGUCG